AGAUGCCAGCUUUGCCCACUACAGUCUCCCGCUCUACCAACUGAGCUAUUGCCGGUUUAUUAUGGAAAGUCAAAGCUUUACGUGGCUGGUUCCAGCUAAAUAUCGCUGUUAUGGCGGCGAGGCUGCCGCUGUUCCCACAGCUUUGCGUAAUAUCUUGGAUGCUUUUAAACUAAAU